AGUAGCAAACAUUCGAAAGCAGAAAUCUGCUUCAGUCUCUUUAUCCUUCAAGAGGUUUGUUCCCCAAUUUUUAGUCAUAGAAAAAUGAAAGGCAUUUUGUUUCUGAUUUUAAGUUGGGCGAUGAGUGUCUCGAUGUCCAAAUGCAGAGCCCAACAGAGGGAGACAUACGCCAUCGAGGGUGACGCUGUUGGACUCCACUGUUACACAGGAGAGGUCAUGCAGAACCAGACAUUCAGCUGGACCAAAGAUAAUGACUCUGUAAUAUCAAGCCCACAUAUAUUUAAAGGGAGUUCCUUGUGGAUUUUAAGAACGGUGUCAUCAGACAGCGGCCAUUACGUGUGUACAAGUUUUUCUAACAGCACGGAAACAGGGCACGUGGAAAGUAGAGUGCUACUCUCUGUCGAAAAAGAAAAAUGUCCAAGAGCUCUGACGCCCAUACAGGUCAAUGAGGGAGAACACAUCAACCUGACUUGCACUGAAGAUUCCAUAGAAACUCUGGGACAGACUUUGCAAGUGCAGUGGUGGAAGGACUGUGAAUCCACGGGAGUUCAGGGCACUGAAAUUAGUCUUGAUGUAUCAAUGGACAGCACAGGUAACUACACUUGUAUGGUCAUCUUCAGAUAUGUAGGGGAAAACUAUACUACCUCUCACACUCGUCAGCUCAAAGUGCUAAAAAAAGAGCCCGUGGAGAAGCCUCAAGUAAUACAUCCCCGUAAUGAGAUUCUGUAUGUCAAACCAGGUAUGAGAAUCAAGUUGGAGUGUACUGUUUUCAUUGGUUUAGGAGAGGAAGCCCAGGAAGGAACAUCUGUGUAUUGGACAGUAAAUGAUGAAUUGAUGAGUGACAUAUUUCCACAGCUUCAGGAAAAUGUUACUUGUUACCUUCAGAUGGGGGAGGAUGACCGAUUUUAUUGCAAAUCUACACUAAUCAUUUCUGAAGUUAAUGCUACGUUUUUUGAUGUACCUUUCAAAUGCAUUGUUCUGAGCUCUAGGGGAUCAGAUAUGGGCCUGGUGUCACUUAGACAAGGUGGCCAAAGUAACACCCAGACACUACUGAUUAUUGCUCCAGCCCUCAUAAUUGUUGUGGGCGUUGUGCUAUUCAUGUUCUUCAAAAUUGAUAUUAUUUUAGCCUAUCGUCGUCUGUGCGGCAAGGGCAAAACUGCUGCACCUGGAGGCAAGAUAUACAAUGCAUAUGUGUGUUAUUGCCAUGACAACAGCAUUGGUUCGUCUACAGCAGAGAACCUGGCUCUGAAGAUCAUGCCUGAGGUGUUGGAGCAGCGGCACGACCUCGAACUGUUCAUACACGGCCGUGAUGACGCCAGCGCAGAAGCGAAUGUUGCCGACAUGACUGAUGUGGUGGGCCAGAGCAGGACGGUGCUGCUCGUCCUUCCAGGAUCAGGUCCAGCCAAUCCCAUUGAAGAAAUAAGCAACAUUCCACUGAGCACAGACCAAGACAAUGCCUCACACUGCCAGGUACUGUAUUCUGUCAUUGCUCAGUGCAGUGUUCCAGUAAUUGUGGUCGAAAGUGGUGAGAAUGCUGAUUACUCACUGUUGCCGGAGUCCAUCCAGUCCAUCAUACAAAGGAAUGGGAUACUGAGGUGGAGCCCUGCAGUGCAGCCCAGUGGCCGUUUCUGGAAGCAACUCCGAUAUCAUAUGACCUGAGAAUUCCUACAACUGUGUAGAUACACAACAGGUUAAAUGUUUGGAAUCACUUGGCAUAUUAAUAAAUGCUGUUUUUUACAUAAAAUUGUAUAAAACAAAACCUUGUAUCUACAUUUUUAUUGUUUUUGCUGUAAUUUGAAAAGGCUUGAUGUCCUUUCCGUUUUUUGUAAAUUUCAUGAUGAUUGGACAAAAUGAAACCGCCCAAAAUGAGUUGGAAAAAAUUCUGGUGCCAUUGACUUACAUUAAAAGUAAAGUGUACAUUAAAAGUAAAAGUGUGAUUUUUGCUUCUCCGGUGAAGUUACCAUUUUGGAAAUACAAGGUUUUGUUCCAACAGCGGUGAUAUAUAUAUAUAUAUAUAUAUAUAUACACAACGUUUUUUGCCGUUAUCUGUCUCGAUGCUGUAUUCUAUAUAAUCGUUUUAUGCAGAGUUCGUUGUCUAUGCUUUCUCAGUCAUUUCAGAAUUGUUUACAGCUCUGUUUAACAUAUGCUUUUUAAUGGCUUGCUAGCUUCUUAUUAAUUAUUUUAAAACUGUAAAGCUUCACAAGACUAGUAUAUAAGAAUCAUACAUUCAUCUUCAAAUACUUUGGUUUUAUUGUCAUUAAAUCAUAUAAAAUCUGAUUCCAUACUUUUUAAUUGUAAUGUCACAAAUAAAAGAACAGUGUUAACAGUGAAAUGCAAAAAACAAACAAAACACAACAAAAAAACAUGCCACUUUUUGUGAGUCGCCCCCCUAGAUGUGACAUUGUCUUAUUCUGGUUCCUCUUUCUCUUUCUGUCCACGCUACCACCUCUCAAUGAAUAAAAAACGGUAUCAGAGCUUCUCUGUCCGGUCAAGAAACCA